AGCCGUUUGAGGUUUCGUCGCAAAAGAUCCGCGCGACUGUCCAUGGAGCGUGUGGUGGUUAUCGAGCGGAAGACCUUCUUGGAUGUCGAGGUGCGCAGCUCUGCGACCUCCCGCACCCGCAGCUGGGGGCCUGGGGACCGGAUCCCGCGCCUGGCCCCGGUGCUUUUCGACCUGGGCUCGCGGCUCAAAGGGAGUACCACCACGUGCGAGGAUGUGUCUGACCCGGCCACAGUGACCCGUGAAAGCUCUACUGAGCCGAGUCCGACACAAACUUCGACCGACCCUUGCGUCUUCUUCUCCUCCCAGCGGGGCUGCGCGCUUGGGGCCGCCUGCGGCUUUCGCCACGGCGCGGGCGAGAUCACGGGGCCGCGGCCUCGCAAGGUCACGAGGGACAAGCUCAAGGCAGUCAUUGCCCGAGUCUGUAAAAACCUCGAAGACCCGACCACGCACGCAAAGUUGCAGAAGCUGGCCGGUGGAUGCCACUACUUGCGCUCCUUGAUCAUUCAAAAGCUCAAUGAUGAUGCGUCGAGCUGCGCGCGACGCCAUGGAUGAGACGCGAC